GAAGAGGGGGAGAGAAAAGAAGAGAGAGGGGAGGGGAGAGAGAGACAGAGAGAGAGAGAGGCGAGAGAGAGAGAGAGAGAGAGAGAGAGAGAGAGAGAGAGAGAGAGAGAGAGAGAGAGAGAGAGAGAGAGAGAGAGACGCCUGUGACAGUAGCAGUUCCCUGCACUCCAUAUCACAUUUGUCUGCAGCAACAACAACAACGAAAAGGAGGUGGGGGGUGGGGUGGAGAAUCUCCCGCAGUAAUUAGUUCUACGUGGAGACUUUGUUUUGCUCUUCGUCCUCGUCCCUUUCCUUUUUUGUACCAGAAAUCUCUAAGCUGGUGCUGCUGCUGAGCUCCAAACAGCUGGAGUUCUUCCCUGGGCUCGUUUGGUUUUGACGUGUGUGUGUGUGUGUGUGUGUGUGUGUGUGGACGUGGAUACAUACUCUGGACUGGCAAAGGAAGCUGCAUUGCAUUCCUCUCUCCCUCUCCCCUCCUGCAGUCUGGGCUAUCCGCGUCUCCGCCUGGGAAGGACGGGAAGUUUUAUUUGCAGCACACAGCCUGUGGCGAAUGGUGGGAAUCUCCGGCCCUUUGCGGUAUCGCAGUGAGAAGCAUUCCACAAUGCCAGACUCACCUGUGGAUGUGAAGACACAAUCUCGACUGACGCCUCCAACGAUGCCACCUCCUCCAACGACCCAAGGAGCGCCAAGAAGCAGUUCAUUCACACCCACAACGUUAACUAAUGGCACAAGCCAUUCACCCACAGCUUUGAAUGGAGCCCCAUCUCCACCCAAUGGCUUUAGCAAUGGGCCUUCCUCUUCUUCCUCUUCCUCUCUGGCUAAUCAGCAGUUACCACCAGCCUGUGGAGCAAGGCAACUCAGCAAAUUGAAGAGAUUUCUUACCACCUUGCAGCAGUUCGGCAAUGACAUUUCACCAGAAAUAGGGGAAAGAGUACGCACUCUCGUACUAGGAUUAGUGAACUCUACUUUGACAAUUGAAGAAUUUCAUUCCAAACUGCAAGAAGCUACUAACUUCCCACUGCGACCUUUUGUCAUCCCAUUUUUGAAGGCCAACCUCCCCCUUCUACAACGGGAGCUCCUGCACUGCGCAAGACUGGCCAAACAGAACCCUGCCCAGUACCUCGCUCAACAUGAACAGCUGCUUCUGGAUGCCAACACCACCUCACCAGUUGAUUCCUCAGAGCUGCUUCUCGAUGUGAACGAAAACGGGAAGAGGCGAACUCCAGACAGAACCAAAGAAAAUGGCUUCGACAGAGAGCCUUUGCACUCAGAGCAUCCAAGCAAGCGGCCGUGCACUAUUAGCCCAGGCCAGCGGUACAGUCCAAAUAACGGCUUAUCUUACCAGCCCAAUGGCCUGCCUCACCCCACCCCACCGCCGCCUCAGCAUUAUCGUUUGGAUGAUAUGGCCAUUGCCCACCACUACAGGGACUCCUACCGACACCCCAACCACAGGGACCUCAGGGACAGGAACAGACCUAUGGGGUUGCAUGGCACACGUCAAGAAGAAAUGAUUGAUCACAGACUAACAGACAGAGAAUGGGCAGAAGAAUGGAAACACCUUGACCAUCUCUUAAACUGUAUUAUGGACAUGGUAGAAAAAACAAGGCGAUCUCUCACUGUGCUUCGGCGAUGUCAGGAAGCAGACAGAGAGGAGCUCAAUUACUGGAUCCGUCGAUACAGUGAUGCAGAAGACUUAAAGAAAGGUGGUGGUGGCAGCAGCAGCAGCAGCAGCCACUCCAGGCAGCAGAGUCCUGUCAAUCCAGAUCCAGUCCCACUAGAAUCACAUCGGGAAUUCCUUCACAGGCCUGCUUCUGGAUAUGUGCCAGAGGAGAUCUGGAAGAAAGCUGAGGAAGCAGUCAACGAGGUGAAACGUCAAGCUAUGACUGAGUUGCAAAAGGCUGUGUCAGAGGCAGAGCGGAAGGCCCAUGACAUGAUCACUUCAGAGAGAGCCAAGAUGGAGCGAACAGUUGCAGAAGCAAAGAGGCAGGCCGCUGAGGAUGCCCUGGCCGUUAUCAACCAACAGGAAGAUUCAAGUGAGAGUUGCUGGAAUUGUGGCCGUAAAGCAAGUGAAACCUGUAGUGGUUGCAACACUGCAAGAUACUGUGGCUCAUUUUGCCAGCACAAAGACUGGGAGAAGCACCAUCACAUCUGUGGACAGACCCUCCAAGCCCAACAGCAGGGAGAGACACCAGCAGUCAGUUCCUCUGUGACUCCCAACAGUGGGGCAGGGAGCCCUAUUGACACACCACCAGCAGCCACUCCUAGGUCAACUACCCCUGGCACCCCAUCCACCAUAGACACAACUCCUCGUUAAAAAUGAACUCAGAACUGUUAGAGGAAAACCAACAAAACAAACACGAAACCAAUUCUUCAUCCUCAGAUGCUCAAAGUUGUUUUUUUUUUUUUAAAUACUUCAGCAAAAGAGAACUUACUGUAUCUUGAGGCAGUAGUAAAAACUAAAACAAAAAACAAAAACAAAAAAAAAAACACAGAAGGCCAGUAA